CUACAGAUAUGUGCACAUUCAUAUAAAGGACGGUAAAGUAAAUUGAUGUCAAGAUGAAUCUGCAAACGGGGGUAAAAAAUGUAUUUGAUCCGAAGAACCCUCACGAUUUAGGGGACCCAGACGAUAAGUCGUUACGGAAAGUGGAAAUCGAAGUUUUAAUACCGAAAAUCAUGCGGGAACGUGCAAAAGAAACUCUCUGCAGUAAGGAAGUGAAGGAAUUUGAAGCGUGCUGUAAAGCAAACAGUAUACUGAUGGUUUUCACUUGCCGGAAUGAAAAUUCUUCACUGAAAUCAUGUUUGACGAAAUGGUACCAGAAUGAAGAUUUUAAAGCAGAAUGCAAAAAAAUCUAUCUGGAGGAACGUUCAGAAUACCGGCGUACUGGAGUCCCAAAAAAACACCGCAUACAAAAAAUGUAAAUUAUAUUUAUUUUAACUUAUAGCUUUGUACAUAUGAAGUGCUGUUGAACCGACGAAUUAUGGUUUCUGAAACUCUGAAUUGUCUUAUAUCAAAAAUUGUGCUGAGGGUUACGACAUUUGGUUUUGAGAUUUCUAACAGCAAUAUAUCUUUAUCCGACGUUUCAGCGAUGCGUUGAAUUCCUUUAAGAUCUAUUGUUGUAAUGUUAGUUUCAGGUGUAGGUCGGACAAAUAUAAUGAAGCUUGCGUGGUUAAAGCGCGGACCUUUUUUAUAAAUCACUGCAAAGAAACUAAUAAAUUGGCGGUAGAAACGGCUAUCGAAAACUUACAGAAA